AUGACAACAUCGGCAUCAGACACGUUGAACGAUCGCUAUCCCGCGCCAUCAUCUACUGAGUUAAUCAUGGGUAGAUCUACGCCAAAAAGUUUGCGGACUCAAGCAGAGGAAGCCAAGCCAAACAUGGCUGCAACCUACCAAGAUGUUGACUCCGACCACCGACUGCACCCUGCACUCAGGAAUGGGCAAACAAGCACUGUCAUUGAUAUGAUGCUUUCUCGGGGAACUGUCUUACAGCCACAAGAGCAAGUCUCCGAUCAGAUAUCCGACAUCACUUCUCUGACACAAUCGACCCGCGACGUAAUAACUCGAGAGGCAUCUCUUGAGGCUUUGAGCCCAGCAUCAAUGGCUCCGCUCGAAGAAGAGCCUCGAUGUAUGUUUGUCAAUGAUUGUCAGACUGGCUCGCAGCUACGAAAAGCCAUUUCACACCUUUUCGGACGCAAUAAGGCCUGCACCCUUCGUAUCCCAAAGCAGGUGUGGGUUUAUUAUUGUCGCAAACAUUAUCAACGAAUCAGGUAUCGAAACGCCAAGACCUACCCCCUCAACCAGAUGUACCUCGUGAAGAUGCAGAUCAACCGACUCCAAAGAUGGAGUAACGAGAAUCAACGCCAAGGAACCGGCCCCUACAUCAAGCUCUGGACGUUGGCGUUACGCAAGAGGGAACAGAGCCGCCUUGAUAAAGAAGGAGGCGCAACAGAAGAAGGCGAGGAUGAGUCUGUAGAGGCACCAAACAGUUCGGCCGCCCCCGACUGGAUCAUUCAACGUUUGGGUACUGGAUACACGACGGAGCAAAUGCUCGAGGUUGCAGAUCGCCUGUACCUGGAGAUUGAGAAUGGCACUCUUGGCCAGGUUCCAGAGGUCGAGUUUCUGCCUGACAUUACAGAGUCAGAGGCGGGAAACAUAGCGAAGCUGGUCAGAAGCCGCAAAGCAACCCGCGCAGCUACCACUACAGUAGAAGCCAAGGCCUCCAAGCGGCGAAGUUCUGAAGACGCAGACUGUGUCAGCCACGGGGAUUCUUCACUUGUCGUUCAACAUGAGGCGGUUGAAUCUGUGAACGCUUCGCGGAAGCGAAUCCGCCUCAGUCCUCUUGGAGCAGACUCCCCCCAACAUCCCCCUCAAAUGCCCCUUCCAUCCACUAUGCCGUCUUACGCAACGAGCCAUGCGCUUGCGUCUUCGGCUGGCGCCGAGUCAGCCGUGCCCCGGACCUUGCCCGCGGCCCCAAAAUCCCAGGUAUCAUCUCCUGGACAUUCCCAAGGACCUACCGCGCACAUGUAUGGGCUCUCGUCCAGCGAAUUUCGACGCCCUCAUGGUUUCAGUGGUUUUUACAGCCACGAUCAACAACAACAUCCAGCUCAGUACCGUGCGGGCGCAGAAUCUCAAUCUCUUCUUCAAAGGAAUAGAGAACACCACUACCAGCAGAGACUGCCGUCCAUUGCUCAUCUGGCGGGAGCCAGUGAUCUUCGGGAUUCAGAUUCGGCAAUUGCACCAUUCAGAGGCUCUUGGACAUCGAUUAAUGAGGACACUAACAUGCCACGAGUCCCUCGCUUGCGAUCUUAUAGUGAAAAUAUCGCAACGAGCCAGCCCAUGUUGGAAAAUCCUCGACCGAGUUCAAGCGGCACCUCGCAUUUCGGCACAACCUACUUUGACAACAGAGCUGUGGCCUCUCUGACGUAUGAACCGAACACCCGCAGCUACUCCCGAGAGCAGUGGCCCGAGUCUGGUCAUUCCUACGUUCCAACCUGGCCUCAAAGAUCAAGCGCCUUGCAACAACAUUACUAUUACGAUCAAGUAACUCGCCCUCAGUUGGACAGCCUACGAGCUCCAACUUACCUUGGUCAGGCUAAACAACGCCCUUCAGCUGAGAGAGUUGAAUAG